CGGCGGUCCUUUGGGCGCCGUUGGGGGCCUCACUGGUGGUCUGACUGGCGAUGGGGGCCCUCUGGGAGCCCUCGGUGGUUUGACCGGCGGUCUGACCGGCGAAGGGGGCCCUCUGGGUGCCAUUACUGGCCUGACAGGAGGGCUUCUCGGCGGCGGUGAAGGCCUUAACCUGAUCGGCCUUGUCGGUAUUGGUAUGUUGUGAGCUUCGAGAGAACAUUAUCUAUGCGAGACUAAUAUGAGGGUAGGCUCCGACGAUCCGGCCUUGCUCGACCUCAAUCCCGCACAGAAGAAGGCGGUAAAGGCGCAGAAAGCUGCUCAAGCGAAGCAAAAUGAACAGAAGCGUCAGGCAGCUCUGAAGCAGCUCCAAGAUCAGGUCAACGCCCAGGGCGGACGUGCCAGCCCGCAGCAGCAAGCUGCCGCCAAACAGCUUCAAGAAUCUCAAUUCUUGGAGAACCACGAAAUGCAAAAGCUGGACCAUGUCCUAGGACCAACAGAUCCCUACGCGCUGCAACAAGCAUUGGCCCAGCCUUCUUCUGGAGGAAACUAUUCCACACAGCAGCAGUCAGGCCGCCUUCCUCCAGGAACCUACCAAGCUUACAUUGUAGACCCCCAAACACGACAACCAACCCAUCUGGUGACAUUCCAGCCGAUCGAUUCGUCGAGCUCAGCGCCCGCCCAAACCGCUGGUGGUUACCCAUCUUGGCAAGGUAAUAACAACGGAUCAUCAGGAUCCUUCGGAUCCGGAGCUACUUCUGGAGGUGCAAACAAUGGGCAAGCUCCCGGCGGUGGCAGCGGCGGCGGCGGGGACCUUCUCGGCGGACUCUUAGGGAGCGGCCAAGGUCUGAACGUUGCUGGAAUCCUGGCGAUUGGUGAGUGAACACUGAUUAUUCUGCUUAUGCGCGGGUCACAGCUGACGCUCGAUAGGCUCUGAUGAGAAGGCAUUGCUGGACUUGAAUCCCGCCCAAAAGAAAGAAGACCGUAUCAAGCAAGCACAAGAGCUACAAAGACAACAAAAGAUUCAAAAGGCUCAGAUGCAAGCCUUGCGCGACCAAGUCGCCAAACAGAACGGCCAGGCCACAAGCGCGCAGCAGGAGCAGUACACCGC